AUGGCCGAACACAACCAGCCCAGUCUAGAUGGUCCCUUUCAUUUCGUUGCCGUUCACAGUCUAGAUGAUCGAAAAGCCAAGCGUCUGGCCCGAUCGCAUGCUGUAGCACGGGGCCUUGAGAAUAAAAGAAAGCUCCAGCAAAAAUCGGGUCUUAAUUUCCACGCAGUCCAUUCGGGAGAUGAUCCUGGCCUACCACCGACCAAAACAAUACAGGACCAGACUCUCGCCAUUCCAUCAUUUCCCAUACCUGAGGGCGAGCUUGGUCCAUUCCAAAUGCUGGCUGCAGAGUCACCAAGAUUGCAAGCAUUGCUCAGUUGCCACAAGCUCCACCAUGGCACGGAGCCGGUCUUAAGCGUUUCAGACGAGCUUGUCCUCCAGGACUUUCGGUCAAUUCUACGAAAAGGGCUGGAUGAUCACGCUCUUUUGAAUGCAAUUAUGCUCACAUUUGCAUCUAUUAAUACUGCUGGUAGCAUCGAUAGAGAAUGUCUCCAGUAUAAGGUCGAGGUUUUGAGCUCCAUUCGUCAACGGAUGACUUCUUCAGAUAAAGCUACGACGGAAUCGACGCUCGGUGCUAUUUUGCUCCUCGCCGGUAUAGAGGCUCGGCUUGGAAUGCCCCGUCAGGUUCAACUUCACAUGGGGGCAAUACGUCAGCUGCUUGACAUAUGUCGAAGGAAAAGUGUCUAUUUAAGCGACGGCAUCAAACGUGCAAUCUUUUGGUCAGAUUUAAAUGCUUCGGUCAUGACUGGGUCUACUCGAGUCGUUGAUCACACAACCUUUUCCGAGCUUCAGUGGAAAAGAGAUCCUUUCGCUCCAAGUUUCUUCACUUUACCACCUGGAUUUCGACCACAGUCUCAUCUACUGGGCGAAGAUUUUGUUGAAGUGCUCAAAGAUGUCUUUGCAUUGCAAUGCAUCCGAGACUCUGCCUUCUUCGGCCAAGAGGACGUGAUAACGAUGACGCAUAUUGACAAUCACCAAGCAUCAAUUCAAUCAAGGCUAGUAAGCUUACCAACAUGUUCGCUCGUGUCAGAGUGUUGCCAUUUAGCGGCAUAUCUUUGCUCAACAAUGCUGCGAUGUAAAAUUUGGCGUACCUCAACCAUUCCCUCGCAUCUCUCGUUACAACUACUUUGCAAGGUUCAACAGACCAGCGAUGAUCUCGUGUGGAAUGAUUGGCCUGAUUUGUUAGCAUGGCUCCUACACAUUGGCGGAGCCUUUGCCCCUGAGGGGGCUAUACGCUCCGGCUACGUGGAACUGUUGCAAUCAAACCACAGAAGCAGGCUUCAAGAUCUGUAUACAUCAUGGUCCGAAUUACUUGAAAUUCUCAAGCAGUUCAUUUGGUCAGAAAAGGCAUUCAUGUCACAGGUCAAGGCAUUCUGGGAUGAAAGUCUCGUUUAG